CUGAUAACGUCCUAAAAAUUCUUGCAAUUUAUAUGAGAUUUCGCUGCCAAAUCCCUGUGAUCAUCAUGGGUGAAACUGGAUGUGGCAAGACAAGAUUAGUUGAGUUUAUGAGUAAAUUAAAAGCUGGUAGACCAAAGGCCAAUACUAUUGAGAAAGUUCAAAAUAUGAUUACUCUGAAAAUUCAUGGUGGAAUAACUGUUGAUGAUAUUCAUAAAAGUGUCAAAAAUGCUAAAGAGGCUGAAGUUAUGAACAGGGAAAAGCACAAUCUGACAACAACAUUAUUUUAUGAUGAAGCAAAUACAACAGAAGCAAUUUAUGCAAUCAAGGAAGUUAUGUGUGAUCUUAGUAUUGGCGGAAAGUCUUUUGAAGACUCAAGAUUGCAACUUGUUGCUGCAUGCAAUCCUUAUAAAAAACUUUCACAAGAAGCCAUUAAGAAAUUGGAGGAUUCUGGACUUGGAUAUAGAAUUCAUACAAGUGAAACUGCUCAUUUAUUUGGAAAUAUCCCAGUUCGUACACUGGUAUACAGAGUUGUUGCAUUGCCUCCAAGCAUGCAACCAUUUGUAUGGGACUUCGGGCAGUUGAAUGAUCAUGCAGAAAAAAUUUAUAUAGAGCAGAUGACGAAAAAACUUGCAACUGAUCUUAAGUUGAAUGAGAAAACAAUUUCGAUCAUUAACCUUGUGCUUUCACAAUCACAAAGAUUCAUGAGGACAAGAAAAGAUGAGUGCAGAUAUGUCAGUCUACGGGAUGUGGAGAGGUGCAUGAUAACAUUCAAAUGGUUCUUUGAACAUCAGGAUGUUAUUUUUGACCAUAUUGAAAAAGAAGUUGAAGAAUCUUGUAAAAAGGCACAAAAACCAAUUCCUGAAAUCAACAGAGAAAUCCGAAUAAUAAUACAAACUGUUGGAGUUUGCUACCAUGCAUCACUUGAUGAUAGACAAGCUUUUCGAAAAGUUUUGGUAAAGAAUCUUGCAAUAGCAAAUGUUGAUGAAAGUUACAUAAACAUGGAGCUCACAGCAUGUCAGUCUGUGUUUUUACGCAACAUAAGAAUAGGAGAUAACAUCGCUUGCAAUCAAGCUCUGAAAGAAAAUGUUUAUAUGAUGGCCAUCUGUGCUGAUAUGAAAAUUCCAUUGUUCUUGAUUGGCAAACCAGGAAGCUCAAAGUCAUUGGCAAAAACAAUUAUAACCAACAAUAUGCAAGGGCAGACUUCACAUGCACCUUUGUACAGAAACUUGAAACAGAUUCAUAUACUUUCAUACCAAUGUAGUGCACUCACUGAUGCAGCAGGAAUCAAAAGCGUUUUUAAGCAAUGUGCUCAGCUGCAAAAGAAACAGGAUUUGAAAACGUUUACUGCUGUUGUAGUUUUGGAUGAAAUCGGUCUUGCUGAAGAUUCUGCUAACAUGCCACUGAAAGUUCUUCAUCCGCUUCUGGAGCGUCGAAGUACAGAUCUAACUACUGUCUUACAACCUGAUGAUGAAAGAGUUGGGUUUGUUGGAAUCUCCAAUUGGGCUCUGGAUCCUGCAAAAAUGAAUAGAGGAAUAUUCCUGACAAGAAGUAAACCUACCGAACUUGACUUAAAAAAGACAGGAAAAGAUAUCGUUCAAAAUACCAACUUAUGGAGAAUCAAUGAAGACAUUUUUGAAUCUUUGACAGAAGCUUAUCUGGAAGUUUACAAUGUAGUUCAGGAAAAAGAAUAUUUUGGGCUGAGAGAUUAUUAUAGCCUCAUGAAAAUGCUUUGCCACAAGCUUGCAACUGUUAAAAAAAAUGAAAUUAGCUUUGAAGAUGUUGUUUAUGCCGUUCUUCGAAAUUUUAGUGGAGGGCCCACAGGAGUUCAUGAUACAAUUAUAGAAAAAGUCUUCAAUGUAUUUAAAGAACAAAGUGGCGAUAGCACUCUUGCAAUUCCUAAUAUUCCCUUGCAAAAUAUGAUUUGCGAUAAUCUUGUGAAACAGAAAGCAGAUUUUUACUUCUUCUGGCUAACCAGUUUUCAGCUUGAAAAACACCAUUUCAACUCAGAAAGUCUUUUGGAUGAAGCUUCAAGAAUUGAAUCCGAAGAGUUAUCCUCGUGGGCUUCAAAUUUUACCAAGUUGAAAAAAUCGACAUUUGUCGAAAGCGAUGCAUUUGUUGGAUUUCAUGAUGAUACAAUUAGUUCUGUUGUUCUGACCACAGAUUUUACUAAUGAACUUGAAUGUGAGCAGUCUUAUUGUCCGUACAAAUUUACUCUUCUGCAGUCUUGUUCAAUGGAUGCAUUGUUGAGGUUGAACAAUUCAAGUCUAUGUACUGCUGAAGUGGAUAUGGCUUUGGAAGUUUACUUUAGGCAACAAUGCAUGACAGACUUGUUGAUAGAAUGCAAAUUGGGAUCAAAAUCUGAAGCACUUGUACUGCAACAUACACAAGAAUUCAAUAUCAUUUAUGUGGAUGAGCUCCGUCCUACUGACCACCACCUUGCUCCAGCUAGCAAGUUUUUAGGCAAAUCUUUGUCAGAAGUAUUUGAGAUUGGCAAGCAAGAGCUAGAAUUGAAGAAUGAAGAAGUUUUGUGA